AAUUUAAUGUGGAAGACAUUGCAGAAGAUCAAGAAGCGGGAUUAGAUGACCUAUUUGACCAUUUGGAUCAAUUUAUUGAAACCAUUCAAGACUCUAUUUCUACUGAUCAAUUACCUGCUAGUGCUACCUUAAUUAGGCGCAGCAAUAAUCGUCGUGGCAAACCAGUAGAAGGUGUUGAAUAUCAAGUUCCACCUGAUACAGACUUUCAUCAAUGA